UUUACUUAAUGUUCAAAUUCCCUUAGCUUGUAAAUAAAGAAGAGGAACGUGUUUCUUCAAUUUUCAACAUUAAUUUCUUCAUUCUAAAACAAAUUAUGGGUUGGCAAAAAAAAUCCAAAGAGUUCUUCUUCAACUAUGUUGCUAUCUACACCCCUACAAGGAUCUUCCACCUCCUUACCAUCACAAUUCUAUCUCUUCUCCUCCCUCUCUCUUUUCUUCUCUUAGCUAGUCUCUCUGCUGCCAAAUUCUACCUUCAAAUCCAUUCAUCACAACCCUUACCUUAUUUUUUCACUUUUGCUAUACACACCUCCCCAUGUAUUCUCUAUGUUCUUGUUUCCAUUGUAAGUGUAGCUACUUUAAUCAAUGGCUUAAUGGGAAAAAUCACCCUUUUGAAUGAUUCAUCAAAUUCUGUUCUUCUUCAAACUCGUCUUUACGUAUCAUGGAAAUGGAUACUUCUUUGCACUUUUCAAAUUUGUGUUGGUUUAGGAAUUGAAGCAAGCAUUGCAGCUGGUGUUUUCGACUCCGACGACAACGAUGUUUUUUAUGUUAAUGAUGAUGGUUCUAGUUUUGUUGUUGAAAGAAGCUUCUUGAGUAGAAUGAUUUUUCUUUUGGGUUUACAUGAGACAACACAAAUUUGGUCAAAGGUUGUUGUGAGACCAGUGGUGGAUGACACUAUUUUUGGAGUUGGAAAAAGAGAAAGAUUAUGGAUUGAAAAAGUUGUUGUGGCUGGUAGUUUAGGAACAUUGUGGUGGUGGAAGUUGAAAGAAGAAGUUGAGAAUUUGGGUUUUAUGGGUGAAACAAAGAAAGAACAAUUGAUGGAGGUGGGAAUAGAAGAUUUUGUUGGAUGGUGGUUGUAUUAUCUUACUGUUACAAUUGGAAUGGUGAGAAUUGUGAAAGGUGUUAUUUGGAUUUUUAUGAUUUCUCUAUGUAGGAGAAGGGUAAUAAUGGAUAAUAAUAAUAAUUCUGAGGUGGAAUUAGAACUGAGUCAGAAUUAUGACAAGGUGUAAAUUUUGACCAGUUUUUUAUAAGAGGAAAAAAAGAACAAUUUUUUUGUUUUGCCUUUGAUUGUUUCCUACUUUGAUCUCUUUUUAUUCUAUAUAUUUUGGGAUAUUGCAAUAUUGAAUACGUUAAACCAGUAGCCAAUAUUGUAUUGAUAAUGUAUUAUUUCUCAACUUGUUGAUAAUUAAUCACUUCUUUAAUACGGCUUAUUGAUCUUCU